AUGGCUACACAAGCGGCGAUCAGCCGCCAAACCUAUCCACCCAUCUCCAGCUACCAGACUCCGCAGUCUAAUAGUCCUGCCUCCAUCCACUCGCCCCAGACUGACGCCCAUGGAAGGCCGUUGUACGGCAUGGGCCUCCCACAGCAGAUGUAUGCCUACCCGAACUACAUGCAAGGCCAACAAGCCCACCCAUCUCCAUAUGGCCAGCAUGCCGCCAACGCGUCGCAACACGCGUCGAUGACCUCGCAGCCCGGUAUGCUCAUGUCACACCAGCAGCCACAACAGCAGAUGCAACCGCCUGGCCCAGGACAUCCACAGCAGCCUGGUAUGCUCGAUCACAAGCCUUCGCAAUCCUCACUGCAACGUCCACCUUCGGUACUCGGUGCCCCACAACAGUCUCCAGGACAGUCUUCAGGUCCAGCCCCCGGUCCUAUACCCGCGACGACACCCCUCGUGGUGCGACAGGACAACAAUGGCGUUCAAUGGAUCGCUUUCGAGUACUCUCGCGACCGCGUGAAGAUGGAGUACACGAUACGAUGCGACGUCGAAUCGGUGAACGUUGAUGAACUGAGCCAAGAGUUCAAGUCGGCCAACUGCGUUUACCCACGCGCAUGCUGCGGAAAGGAUCAAUACAAGGGUAAUCGGUUGCACUACGAAAGCGAGUGCAAUGCGGUCGGAUGGGCGCUCGCGCAAUUGAACCCCAACCUGCGCGAAAAGCGCGGACUGAUACAGAGGGCGGUUGACAGUUGGCGGAACAGUAAUCAAGACGUGAGGCUUCGAAGUCGCAGAGUUCGACGCAUGGCGAAGAUCCACAACAGAAACGCGGCAAAAGCGCCCCCAGGAGGCGCUCAAUUCCCAGGUCCACAUGGUCCUGGAAGCGCAGGGCUGCCACCACAUGGCAUGCCUCCCGGUUCAGCGAGGCCCCCCAACAUGGGCCCCGGCGGACCACAAUUGCAUCACCACCACACCGACGCUACCGACAACGGCGGUGGCAGCGAUGUCAGCGCCGGAGAUAGCUACAAUAGCCCAGCCGGGCAUCCUGCCCAGCCGACAAAUGGCCAAAACGAACUAACAUCACCAACCACGGGCCGCUACACGCAGAACUUCUAUCCCUCGUACCCUCAGCAGCCAGGUGUGGGUGGCUCGUCCAUGCCCUCCAUCGCCCACGGCAUGGAUCCCAUGCACACUCAAGCAUCCACACUUGCCAGGCCUGCUUCAACAUCUACCAAGAAGGAUGAAGAAGAACACAAGCGUAACCUGUUCGGCGACGUUCCGGAGUCGAAGCGGCGCAAGUUCAUCCUCGUCGACGACAAUCAACGAGGUACGCGGGUUCGUGUGCGAGUGAUGCUGGACCAAGUCAAAAUGGACGACAUGCCCGAUGCGCACCUUCGCAUCAACGCAGUCUAUCCUCGUUCGUACUUUCCUCGCCAGAUGCGAUCGCCGCCAGGGUCCCCGCAUGCACGUGGCAACUGGGACGAUGAAGACGAUGAAUUGGAGGAGGGCCACGUGGAAAGACCGGCAGGCGAGACCAUGGUACCGGUGUCACUCAUGGACGGUAGCGAAGCGAAGCUACCUGUUCCACGCAUGACCAAGUCGAGAAGGAACAAGGAGGUCGCUUUGAACGAGCUUGGUUACCGCAUGAGCUGGGGACAGGCAAGAACGUUCAACGGGCGUACGCUCUUCCUACAGCGCUCCCUCGAUGCGUAUAGGAACAAGAUGCGGAGCACCAUGAUCGCAGGUGGAAGCGAGACCGUCACCAUCGCUCCUCACUUCGAGACUCGUCCUGGAAAGCGUAAGUGGUUGGAGCGCAACAAGCGCUCUCGACGAGCGGACUCCAUGUAA